UUAGAACAGAUGGUGCCAGAGUCUCGCCCUGUGGUGUACCAACCAGAGAAGCCUGAUGCUAUAAAAUCACGUCUAUGGAAACAGAUGUCAGAGAAGUUCUUGAAGGGGGAACCCAAAGUCCUUGGGGUUGUGCAGGUGUUGAUCGCCCUGAUGAACAUGAGUUUUGGAAUCAUAACAAUGGCUGCCACGUUGCCGUUUUACGGGCCACAUCCCUUUUCAGCGUAUACAGGCUACACAAUUUGGGGGUCAGUGAUGUUUAUUAUUUCGGGAUCCUUAUCCAUUGCAGCAGGAGUUAGAACGACAAAAGGUCUGGUCCAGAGCAGCCUGGGUGUGAAUAUCGUCAGCUCUAUCUUUGCUGUAAUAGGGAUCAUACUCCUGGCGAUCAGCUUAAGUAUAUCCCAGUUUCACUAUCAUUACUGUAACUAUGGUAUGAAGGAAAAUUGUUACAUGAUCACCUCUGUUUUAAUGGGGCUGGAUGGCAUGGUGCUCAUUCUCAGCGUGCUGGAGUUCUGCAUAGCUGUGUCCCUCUCUGCCUUUGGAUGCAAACUCUCCUGUUGUAAUACUGGUGGAAUUGUGUUCAUUAUGCCGCCGACCUCUCACACGGUGGGGACAGUUCCUUCUGUACCAUCUAUGGACGUUUAAGGCCACCAGCAGAUCAACAGAAAAAUGGGCCGGAAAAUCUACUGUGACAGUGAUGCAAAAGCCCCACUUGGGAAAGAACCACAAUCAUCUCAGCCCUCACUUCAGCGUCCCUGGCUCAAUCAUAGAGAAGU